AUGGUGGCAGAAGCCGCUCCCGCUCCAGCCACCGCCGCGCCGGCCAAAGCUCCCAAGAAGAAAAGCGCCCCCCGGCCCAAGAAAGCCGGGCCCAGCGUCGGCGAGCUCAUCGUCAAGGCUGUUUCUCAGUCUAAGGAGAGGAGCGGCGUGUCUCUCGCCGCCCUCAAGAAGGCUCUGGCUGCCGGCGGCUACGACGUGGACAAGAACAACUCCCGCGUCAAGAUCGCCGUCAAGAGCCUCGUGACGAAGGGCACUCUGGUGCAGACCAAAGGCACCGGCGCCUCCGGCUCCUUCAAACUCAACAAGAAACAAGCCGAGCCCAAGAAGAAGCCGGCAAAGAAAGCGGCGCCAAAAGCCAAGAAGGCGGCCGCCAAAAAGCCCGCCGCUGCUAAGAAGCCCAAGAAGGUAGCGGCGAAGAAGCCCGCGGCCGCUAAGAAAUCGACGAAAAAAGCCAAAAAACCGGCGGCGGCCAAGAAAGUCGCCAAGUCUCCCAAGAAAGCCAAGAAGCCGGCGGCCCCGAAGAAGGCGGCCAAGAGCCCGAAGAAAGCGAAGGCGGUCAAACCCAAAGCAGCGAAAAAAAAAAAGAAGACGCGCCGUUUUACCUUCCUGUCCUGUUUUCUCCGCUCAGAAACGGCUCUUUUAAGAGCCACACCCACAUUUUCCUCUCAGAGAGCUCGGUUUUUCCUUUGCGCCGCAGAAACAAAUGGCGGCGUGAGCCUUCAGAGAGCUCAACGGCGCGUUUGGGGAGAGUCUCGGCGAGGGCGUGAGCGAACUCCCACUAAGCUGGCGGCCACUGGGGGCAGAGCUGCUCUCUGCUGA